CAUUUCAAAAUACAAAUUUUUUCUCCUUAAAAAAAGUUUAUGGUAAUUAUACAAUUUCACAAUAAAUGCAGCCAGUUUACCAUUUGGGGGAAACAGCAAUUUUUUGAUAUUGGGAUUGCUUCUUUGACAUGUAUAUAUGUACAUAUACAUUGUACAUGUACAAGAAGUAACUUUGUAGGGGAGAAGUCAGUUUACUGCUGUAGGGGCACCAAAUUAAAUUAAGAAUCCAUUUAUAAUUAUAGGGCUGUAACUAUGUAGCUGCUAACCCACACAAUCUCGACAUGCAUAUGAAAAGUCGUCAUGGUAAUGCACGGCCACAUAUUUGUGAAUUUUGUGGCAAAGCUUUUAAGUUACCGAACAUUUUGGCGACCCAUCUCAACAUUCACACUGGCUCAAAGUCGUGGAAGUGUGACUAUUGUGGAGAAAGUUUUAACCAACAGAGUGGACUGCAAGUACAUGUAAAGCGGUAUCACAUGGGAGAGUCAUCGUGGACAGAGAUGUGUCACAUGUGCUCGGAGAAAUUUCUACAGAAAGCUGACCUGGCCUGGCAUCUGUUUAAAGUUCAUAAACAACCUCUGCCAGACAAUUAUAAAAUGUAUGUGUGUGAUAUAUGUGGAUUUAGUACCAUGAAGUCUCAACAGUUAAAACAACAUAGAGAGCGACAUGAUGGUAUAAAGAAUUUCAUCUGCUCAAUUUGCUCAAAAGGCUGCAGUACAAAGAGUGAACUUAGGAGACAUGUUAGCUUUCAUGGAGAGAAGAAAUACAAGUGCAAUUUUGAGGGAUGUGCCUAUGCCUGUACAGACAAUAUAGGUCUUGAUAAACAUAUUAAACUUAUGCAUACUCACAAGGAUUUUAAGCCGUAUGCCUGCCCGGUGUGUCAGUACAGGACUGGAGUUAAAGGAAACGUUGACAAACAUAUACGUACAGUUCACGACCUCAUUGUUGUAACUAAACAUACUGUCAAUUUGAAAAUGAAGUAUUCCAAUUUUGACUCGGGUGACGUCAUUACCAAAGAUGGCCAACUAAUUUCCACAGCAAAGGAAAGGAAAGCCUUACAACAAGUUCCGACAAUUGACAAGGAAAUAGGUCAAGACGGGAAUAUGACGAUGAACAAUGCCAAUAAUCUUACGUAUGCUGAUUACAAAGUGAAAGAAACUGCCGAUAACACUUACUCUUCAAUAAAAAAAUCGAAAAGGCAUAAAAGUUACAUGGAUCCGCCCAAUAUUUCUGAUCUUGAUGACAAACAUUCGAUUCCGACAGUAGUAAAUGAUCAAACUGACACAUCAAAAAUGGAGACGAUAAUUCAUGAUUUACCUCCUUUGUCCAAUUAUGUAUACAUCCAUGGAGACCUUUCUCGUGCCCAAGAUCUCACAGUCUCGGGAAUUAAUCCAGCAGACGCAGGGUCGCUUUACAACAUAGGAAAUGCUGAAAUGUACUUGCAGAAUAAAUAUUAGGUCAAUCAGUGUCAUAUAAGUUAACUUGUAACCUGCUGAACUCCUUAAAUGGACCUGUCCAGCUUCCACUUUUGAA